ACCAAAAACAUCUUUCAUUCAAGGUCAUAAUUUUGGUUGAAUUUUUUUUGAAAAUUACAAAAAAGUAUACAUGUUGGGAUAUGUGAUCCUCUCCUUCUGUCAGAGGAUUCGUCGGAGCCAUUUUUUUUAAUUAUUUACAGAUACAAUCUUCGCAGUCGUCAAUCGUCCCACCGUGACUAUGUCACGCAUUAUCGGAAGACCGUUAAAUUUAACGGCGUCCGUCCGACGGCGUCUUGCUCCGUUUUCUCUAUUCUCCGGAAGUUCUGGCUCCGACGACUCGGUUCCGACGCGUUGCGACGAGUUGACUCGGGUGCCGAGUCUGGUCGAGGGAUGCGAUUACAAGCACUGGCUCGUCGUUAUGGAGGUUCCCAAGGGAUACCCACCUCGGAACGACAUCGUCGGAGGCUAUGUCAAAACCCUAGCCAUGGCUUUGGGAAGUGAAGAAAAGGCAAAGAAAUCAAUAUAUUCUGUCUCAACUAAGUACUACUAUGCAUUUGGAUGCCGGGUCACUGAACUUAUGACUUACAAGAUACAAUCUCUGCCCGACGUCAAAUGGGUUCUUCCAGAUUCAUUCAUAGAUGGCAAAAACGGAUAUGGAGGAGAACCUUUCAUUGAUGGGGAGGUAGUCCCAUAUGAUGAGAAGUACCAUGCAGACUGGCUUCGAGAACAUACUGAUGAUAGUGCUAAAGACAGAGUAGUUGUAAAGAAGCCUAGGAGGAAAAGGAAGAAGUCGAUAAACUGAAGAUAUUUGGAAAAAUUGUGGUUAUUGGAAGAGGCCUGUCAAAUCAGUACGAUGUUACUCAAGCCAGGGGGAAUCAUAGUAGAAAAUGGAAGAAGUAGAACUCAAUCCAACGGGUGUUGUUUAGUAGAUUUUAGAUUAUGGAAGAGUUAAGCUACUCGAGCUUCUCGAGUAGCUUAGGAGGAAUAUCCAGCUUCAAUCUAAAUCUGGUCUUUUUUUUUUUCCUGUUCUUCCAAUGUUCCAUUCUGUGCUAUUUUACAAGUAGAAUUAUGUCAUCUAAGUUGAAGUUUUCUGCUUCUGUGAAUAAACUAAUGAUCUCACUGAAGAAAGAGAUAGCUCCAGGAGGAAUGGUUGCUUCUUGUUUAA